AGAGGCGAGGACGUGACAGGUGCCCCGCCCUCUAAAAAAACCGCCAUCGCGACUCGAAUCGACUCAUAUGGAAGAAACAAGGGGGAGUAAAGCACAACUCUAAUAAAACUACAACACAAGAGAGAAGAAAAAAGCGAGGCCAACAGGCACACGACAAAAAAAAAACAGACAUGUCAACGGAAGCGGCGGACGGGCGAGCGUCGUCGUCGGACGAGCGGGAGGACGAGUCGGGCGGCGAGCAAAACGCAGCGGGUAGGAAAGCCGCAGGCGGCGCCAUCCUGGAGGGCAAACGCGCCAAGAAGUGCGUGGAGCGACUCUUCGUCGCCGUGCCCGUGGUCAAAGAGAAGCUGACGAUCGCGCAAGGAAGCGGUGACAAGCUGGGCGACAUCCCGCGCAUCAACUUCCAGAUCGCGAAACUCAAGCCAGAAAACCUGAAGCCGCUUCACACCAUCUUGUUCGAACGGCCAGGGACGAUGGCGCGCGUCCGGAAAAACUUGCGCCUCUUCAGCGGCUUCCCCUUCGACGCCGGCAGCGACCAAUACGUCAAGAGGACGGACAAACUUCUCAAGAACGUAUACUGGACCAACGCCAGGCUCAAGCUGGUUUGUCAGAUUUUGGACCUAGAAAAGAAAGGCGUGCGGUCGGAAAUUGUGGACAGGAUCAUGAGCUUCCUCCUGGCGCCCAAAAAAAGCGGAAAGCCUCUUCCCAUCAAGAAGAAGAAGAAGCAGCCACCCAAGAAGAAGACGACCACCGUCUCCAAAAAGUCCAAUGUGGCCAGCGAGUCCAAAGCCGAGUCCAAAGACCAAGAUGAAGACGAGUUGUCUGUUAACGAAGAGGAGGAAGAGGAGGAGGAGCAGGACAACAACGAGGCGAGCGAACCGCCGUCCAAGAAACGCCCCAGAGCGGAGAAGACUUCGCCCCAGAGGAAGCGGCCCAAGAAGAAUCCCGACGCCGCGUCCCAAAGCGGCGACGACGCGGACGUGACGCCCGGUGACGAGCGGCUGACGGAGACGGUGCGCGCGCUCCUCAAAGACGCCGACCUGGAGAAGACCACCAUGAAGCAGAUCUGCCAGCUGGUGUUCCGGGCGUAUCCCGGUCACGACCUGAGCGACAGGAAGGACUUCAUCAAGGGGGCCGUCAAGCGUCUCAUCGCAUGAAUGGUAGAAGAACGUGGACGGGGAACGGAUGCACUAUUGCGACAUUUUUGCUGGUUUGUUACUAAAGCUUUUUGAUAAAAAAAAGAAAAAAAAAGGC